AUGGACGGCGACCACUCAGAAGGCGUCGUCGGCACUGAGGGAUUUGACUCCGAGUCGCUGCCGCCGGUGGCUGUGCAGGAGGUGAACUACGACAUCAAUGACCCGCGACCAGUAGUUCGACAGGGACAACCGAUGCUGGAUACAACUGUGUUGACGCUUGAUGGAAAAGAAACUCUUCAACUUAGCACCUUCAUGCGUUCUGGACGCCCAUUGGAUCACAAAAGUGCUGAGGAGAGGAGUGCGGCUGCAGAACACAUGUUCUCCCUGUUCAACGAAGUUCCCUGCGCCGCCGUCCUGGACACGAUGGACGAUCAGACAUCAGUGGCGUACCGCGCCAUGCCCGAGCGUCUCUACAUCCUCAAGGAUGGCAUUGUGAUGUACCAAGGCGGUCCAGGCCCGGACCACUAUGAACUUGCAGAAGUGAAAGCGUGGCUUGAAGCACAUUGCAAAGACUUACAGAAAUAG